UGUGUAUUUUUUUAACCCUUCCACGCGAUUUCCUGUCGCUAGAAAGACUGGACAUUCAACAAAAAUUGUUCAAUAACAGUCAUUUGUUAUAACUAGACAACAUCUGUGUCAUCAGGUUUCUAAUUUUUUUCUAUUUCCUGGUCCCUUCGGGAGGCAUUCCCAAGUCAUCGUCAGCAUGGCGGAUACAGAGCUACAAUCUGGCGUUUCUAAAGCUGCCAAGAAGAACCAGAAAAGGAGGAACAAGAAACCCACACCAGGGGAGGGUCAGAGGUCAGAUCCGGCAGACCCAGCCCCAGCUGACCCACUGGAGGCUCUCAAAGUAAAACUGGUUGAAGCAAAGGCAAAACAGGACCACCCUCUGGCCUCCAAGCUGAGACAACAGAUUUGGCUUCUACAGGAUGAUGCAGCUGGAGUCAGGCCUGAACUCGACCCACAAAUACUCUCCUCUCUGGAGACAAAUCUGCCAAAGAGCUCAGAAAAGAAAGCUGAGGUAGAAGAAAAGCCAGUGGUCCCAGCUGAUUCCACUGUAGACAAGCAGCUGAAAUCCCUCAGGAAAAAGUUACAACAGAUCGAGAAACUGAAGCAAAGGAAGGCUGGUGGGGAGAAACUUGAGGCAAAUCAGAUGGCCAAAGUUGAAAAGGAACAAGAAGUCAGGGAUGAGAUAGAAGAGAUUGAGGUCCUAAUGAGGCAAGCAGCACUGGGACUUCUGUGACAUGGAAGAUACCUUCAAGUUGUUAGACACAACAAUGAGUCAUGUGCCAAUCUGAAGUACAUUCCAGAAAAUGAAAUGUGAAAUGAUAGUGGCCUAGUAGCUCUUUUAACAUUUUGCAAUACAGUUGUACUUAGUCUACUAAGAUCAGCUUUGUGGCCAAGGGACCUUUUGAGUGCUAAGGCUGAAUAGUGAUGAAACUAUAUUAAUCCAAGCACCCAUUAUCAAAUGUUGCACUAGUAUAUUGUUCUAAUGCCCCUUUCCUAUACUAGGCUAUAGUAUUGAUAACAAUAACUGACUUACUGCCAGUAUUACAAAGUAACUAACAUUAACUAAGUUUAAGAUCAUUUUGGUUUAUUUGAUUAUCAAAAAUUGCUAUUUCACUCAAGGACACAACAACAAAAAUACUCAUCUUAUUUUUUUUAUUCCUACUCAUGUUCUUAGCCAUCUUGCCAUAAACAAGUCUAUGAAAUAUUUGAUAUGUCUCAAAUCAACACUGUAAAUGUAGCAGCAGAAACAAAUUAUACAUUUGUACAAUUAUCAUUCCUUUUUAUCUGUAUCUUAUUCCUAGCAUAUUGAUAUGAGAAUUAUGAUAUGUGGAAUUAAAUUUGAUAUGUAACAUCAACUUUUUCAUUAAAGUAUUUUGAGGUAACA